AUGCAGGGGAACCCACCUGCGAAACGCCCAGGCAGGGCACGCGGCCAGCGGGCAAAACGUGCCUGUCUGGCCUGCAGGGUGCGCAAAAUACGCUGCGAUGUCACCGUGCACGGGAUUCCCUGUCUGAACUGCAAGCUCGACUCGGAAGACUGCAUCGUCAAGCCGCGGGCUGGCAAGAGACAGUCUGCCAAGGCCGUGGCCGAAUAUCGGAAGCAGCAGCAGCAGCAGCAGCAGCUGCUGCUGCAGCUCGAUCUUGAAUCUGGGCCAUCGCCAGGAAGCUUCAGCUCCUGCUCCACAUCCUCCCCACAGCCAGACCUCAGUUCUGCCAGUAUCACCGGCCUCUCAGCGGACAGGCCAUACGAGUCCUUCAUCGAUAUGGAUGACACCCUCUUUGCCGAAACAGACGAUGGCCAGCACGAGGAGAGGCCUGGACACGGUGUCGACAUGCUGGAUGAGUGCAACAUGGCCGUCGAAGGCGCUCUGGGCCCGACAGCCGUGUCUCCUCGCGAUCGUAUGGACUAUGGCUCAUCCACCCACUCUUUAGGCGUAGCCCAACCUCCUCUGUUCCUGCCUGCGGCCAAGACAUCGGAACCUCUGCACUCGUUUGUCCCCUGCAUCUGCUAUCGCUUCGUCGAGGCCGACACUGCAUGGCGUCUGGGACCGGCGGAUAUCGCGUUCCUGGAACAGCGGAGCUGCUUCCGCCUCCCCGAAAAGGCUGCUCUGGCCGCCUUUGUCGCGGCCUACUUCCGUUACGUCCAUCCUUUCCUGCCGGUGCUGAACGAGGCCGCAUUCUGUACCGCCUACGCAGACCAAUCGGCCGACUCGACGGCCGGCCAGCGAACCCCCUUGUUUGUCUUCCAGGCCAUGCUGUUCAUAUCCUGUCCGGUAAGAGGACCCCUCGUGGGGCCGAUGGGCAUCGACUUCGGAAAGCUGACAGCAUCGACAGCUCUUUUUGACGUCGACGUGUUCAAAGACGAUGUGCGCAGUGCGCAGGCAGCCCUGAUGUUGACAUAUCAAGCGCCGACGCCCAACGACAAGACCAGCUCGUUCUGGCUGGCGGUUGCCGUCCACUACGCACAGCGAGCCCAGGCGCACAGGUACCUCGCAAGCACAAGCGCGGCCCGGCAGGCAGUCCUGAAGCGACUGUGGUGGUGCUGUAUUCUUCGGGACAAGAUCAUGGCCCUCGGCUUGCGGCGACCACUGCACAUCCAGUCAUCCGAUUUCGAUUUCGACCAUAACAGCCUCAACGAGGGCGACUUUUGCGACGAGAUUCUCCAUUCCGAUGUGUACGACCGCCCGACGAAGCAGGUUAUGGUGCAGCUGAUCAUUGCGCUCUGCGAGCUCAUGGGUCCUCUGCACAGCAUCCUCACCAUGAUCGAUCCCAUGAAGGGCAUGGGCGCCGACAGCAACCAGCCAACGCUGCAGGAGCUCAAAUGCUGUCUCGCCCGGCUGGACCUGUGGUACCAGAAGGCAGUGGCACGGUUCCAGAUCCCGAUGCAUAUCUGCGGCGUGAACGAGUCGCUGAUUCUCUUUACGAAAAUGAUCUACAUAUACUACUAUACGGCCAAAGUGCUGCUAUGCCAUCACACUAUCGUGCUCUGUGUCACGGACAAGGAUGACCAGGAUGCCGCCCGGGAGCUGCGGCUGCAUGCACAGUCGGAAAUCAACACGGCUCGCCGCAAGACGACGGUCGAUCUCAUGGAGCUCCUGCAGCGCGGACUCGCCCAGUAUUUGCCAAAUACCUUUGUUGCCUUCUCGGCUUUUCCCUUUGUGUGGUAUAUCCUGGAGACAAAAGUGACAAGUAGUCCCCUGGGAAAUGACCAGGCUUCGCAGCCCAUACAGACAUACAAGGCCAUCAUGCGGGGCUUCCGAGAGCAGCACGAGAGUGCCGACGACGUGUUGCUGUGCAUCCAGUCGAUUGUGAAGCAUAUUCAGGAAGUAUGGCCCCCGCAGCGAACCCACGAACGACCACGAGAAUACGCUUCCUACUUGCUGCAGAAUUCAUAUCAAGAUGCGGUACUGGAAGAGAUCUCCGACAAGCCACAACGCCCACAUGAUGUAUGGACAGAUCUGCUGGUUGGAAGUCCCCGGAGAUACUGUCAGAUUCUGCUUACCGUCGACUAUUUCCUUUCCUAUGGCUGCUUUCCUUCUGAGAGUGACUUUCCCAAGGUCUUGCAGGGCCUGGAUAUGGAGAAACCUAAAGAGGACCUUGAGGGCGGUGGUGAUGUGGACACGCCGGCCAACUUCGACUUUUAUCAAUGCCUCGAGCAGGCACUUGAAGCGGUUCUCUUUUGA